AUGAGAGCAUCCUAUCCACCAGUCAAUAAAGAAGAAACAAGGAGUCAGAGUUCCCGACCCUUAUCCUUAUCUGGUCAUGUUGGCUUUGAUAGUUUACCAGAUCAGUUGGUUAGUAAAUAUAUCCAACAGGGGUUCUGCUUCAACAUUCUCUGCAUUGGGGAGACUGGAAUUGGGAAAUCAACUUUGAUUCAUAGUUUGUUUAAUAAUAGUUUUGAUUACCGUGUGUCAACACACUUUCAGCCAAAUGUAAGACUUAAAGCUGAGACGUAUGAGCUCCGGGAAAGCAAUGUUCGAUUGAAAUUGACCAUAAUAGAGACAGUUGGAUUUGGUGAUCAGAUAAACAAAGAAGAUAGCUAUCAGCCAAUAGUGGAUUAUGUAGAUGCACAGUUUGAAGCCUACCUCCAGGAAGAGCUGAAAAUUAAUCGUUCCUUGUAUAAUUACCGUGAUACUCGUAUCCAUGUGUGCCUGUACUUUAUUUCACCCACGGGGCAUUCCCUUAAAACCCUUGAUUUAGUAACCAUGAAAAAUCUUUCUAGGAAGGUGAACAUUAUUCCCCUUAUAGCCAAAGCUGAUACAAUUUCUAAAACUGAACUACAGCAGUUUAAGGUCAACAUCAUGAGUGAACUGGUCAGUAAUAGACUCCAGAUAUAUCAGUUUCCAACAGAUGAUGAGAGCAUUGCUAACAUUAAUGCCAACAUGAAUGCACACUUGCCAUUUGCAGUUGUGGGGAGUUUGGAAGAGGUAAAAAUUGGAGACAAAACAGUAAAAGCUCGCCAGUAUCCUUGGGGCGUAGUGGAAGUGGAGAAUGAGAACCAUUGUGAUUUUGUGAAGCUCCGGGAAAUGAUGAUUUGUACAAAUAUGGAAGACUUGAUAGAACAGACUUGUUCUGUUCAUUAUGAACUGUACCGGCAGUAUAAACUGGAAGAGAUGGGCUUCCGAGACACUGAUCAAAUCAAGAUUCCAGAUUCCAAAAAGCCAGCUCAUAGAGAAAGUCUGCAGGAGAAUUACGAAGCUAAGCGGUUUGAAUUCCUUAACGGAUUACGGCAAAAAGAAGAAGAGAUGAGGCAAAGGUUUGUUCGGAGGGUCAAAGAGAAAGAAGUACAGUUGAAAGAAGCUGAGCGAGAACUACAUCUGGAGUUUGAACAUUUAAAACGGCUUGACCAAGAAGAGAGAAUGAAAUUGGAGGAGAAAAGAAGACUCCUGGAAGAAGAAAUUAUUGCAUUCAAUGACAGAAAAGCUGCCGCAGAAAUAAUCCAAGGGAGGCCACUGCCGCCUACGCCCACUGUUGGUUAUAAAAAAGAUAAGGAUCGGAAAAAGGAUCAAGGUUUUCGGCUUGAGCUCCUGUGCUUUGAUGUCAGAGAUCAGGAAUUUGUGAAUAUACAGGAGGAGAGGGAGAAAGAGAGAUUAGAAAGGGAACGAGCCCACAGGGAGCACCAUGAAUAG